AUGCCCUCUGCUUCUUUAUUAGUUUAUUUGCUUUUAGCAUUACUCAUUCAUUUCACAUCUGGAGAAACAGAAGUGAAGUUCAGUGGGCAAACAGAAUUUGUAGUUAAUGAAACAAGUACAACUGUUAUACGUCUUGUAAUUGAGAGGACAGGGAAGCCUGCUAACAUCACAGCAAUUGUGUCGAUUGAUGGAGAAAACACAGGAGACUUUUUUGACACAUAUGCAGCUGCAUUUAUACCCGAUACAGAAACAAACCGAACAGUGUAUAUAUCUGUGUGUGAUGAUGAUCUUCCAGAGGCUGAUGAGACAUUCACAUUUCACUUGACGCUAGCAAAACCAUCUGCAAGGAUAAAGCUUGGCUCACCCAAAUCUGUCACUGUAACAAUUUUAUCAAAUGACAAUGCCUUUGGAAUAAUUUCUUUUAACAUGUCUGCCUUAAUCACGGUGAAUGAGCCCAGGGGCAGAAAUGAAUUUGUGCCUCUCACUCUAAUUAGGGAGAGGGGGACCUACGGGACCGUCAUCGUAACUUUUGAGAUAGAAGAUGGACCAAACCCAGCUGAGGAAGAUUUACGUCCAGCUAGGGGAAAUAUUACAUUUACCCCUGGAAAAUCAAUGCUGCUUUAUAAUUUAACAGUGCUUGAUGAUCAGAUACCUGAAAAUGAUGAGUUGUUUGUUGUUCAUCUGAGGAACGUGGAGGGAGGGGCUGAAAUCAACGACACAAAAAAUUCUGUUCAGAUUAAUAUUAAGAAAAAUGACAGUCCUGUGCGUUUUGUUCAGAGCGCUUAUAUGGUGCCUGAGGAAGUUGAUGUGGUAACAAUUCAAGUGGUCCGUGGUAAGGACGUCAGUGGACAAUUAAUUGGACCUGAUGAAGACGAAGUCUCUGUCAGUUAUGCCAUUGUAACUGGGAAUUCAACAGCACAUGCACAGCUUAAUGUAGACUUCCUAGAUCUACAGCCAAAUACAACUAUUGUCUUCCCACCUCUAGUUCAUGAAAGGUACAUGAAAUUUAAAAUCCUUGAUGAUGCCAUACCAGAAAUUGCUGAGACCUUUCAGAUUAUGCUUCUUAAGGACACUUUGCAGGGAGAUGCUGUUUUGGUUAAUCCAUCUGUUGUUCACGUCACCAUCCAACCGAAUGAUAAACCCUACGGAGUGCUAUCAAUCAACAGUAUCCUGUUUGCUCAGACUGUUAUCAUUGAUGAGGACCACGUUUCAAGGUUUGAAGGGAUCACAAUUGUAAGAAAUGGUGGAACACAUGGAAAUGUUUCCGUUACCUGGAUUAUAAUCCGAAAUAGCAGUGAUCCCUCCCCUGUGACCGCAGACCUCAUCCCAGAGAGCGGGGAGAUAUGUUUUGAUCAAGGACAGAUGCUGGUAACGCUCCCUCUGAACAUUAUUAAUGAUGAUAUGCCAGAAGAAGCAGAGCCCUAUCUUCUGAAACUCUUGGCUCAUACCAUACAGGGAGGUGCAGAAGUCAGUGAACCAUCUGAGCUUUUGUUUUACAUUCAGGACAGUGACGAUGUUUAUGGCCUAAUAAAAUUUUAUCCUUUGGAGAAUCAGAAGAUUGAAAGUAAUCCAAUGGGACGCUUUUUAUCCUUGAGUUUUGCAAGGGAGAGGGGAACAGUUGGAGAUGUGCAGUUGGUUUAUACUGCACUGUAUAUUCCAGCUGGAGCUCUGGAUCCUGAGAGAGCGAAAGAUGGCAUUCUGAAUAUGUCUAGAAGAAGCAUUCUCAUGUUUCCAGAAGGAAAAACACAAGACACUUUAAAUAUACCAAUAAGAAAUGAUGCAUUUCUUCAAAAUGGGGCUCAUUUCCUCAUACAGCUGGAAGAAGUUGAGCUGGUGAAUAGAAUUCCUCUAGUCCCACCUGUGAGUCCCAGAUUAGGUGAGAUUCGAAAUAUUUCUCUGAGGAUUACUCCAGAUAUUGCAAAUGGAGAAAUAGGCUUUAUUAGCAAUCUUCCAAUUAUUCUUUCUGAGCCAGAAGAUUCUCCUGCUACAGUGGUUUCCAUUGCACUGCAUCGAGAUGGGACCGAUGGUCAAGCAACUGUGUUUUGGAGUUUGAAACCCUCUGGUCUCAAUCAAAAGGCAGUAACACACGAUGAUAUAAGCCCUUUCAACGGCUCCGUUGUUUUCUUAUCUGGACAAAGUGAUACUACAAUCAACAUUACUAUUAAAGCUGAUGAUAUACCUGAAAUGAAUGAGACUGUGUUAUUAACUUUGGACAGGGUCAGUGUUGAAAAUCAGAUACUGAAAUAUGGGUUUACUACUCGUGAAAUUACUAUUUUGGAAAAUGAUGAUCCUGGAGGAGUCUUUGAAUUUUCUCCCUCUUCCAGAGGUCCCUACAGUAUCAAGGAAGGGGAGUCAGUGGAACUGCAGAUUGUCCGCAGUAGAGGGAGUCUCGUCAGGCAGUUUCUACGUUACACUGUGGAACCGAGAGACAAUAACGAGUUUUAUGGAAGCACGGGAAUUCUGGAGUUCAAGCCUGGUGAAAGGGAAAUCAUAAUUACUCUUCUGACAAGGAUGGAUGGGAUUCCAGAGCUGGAUGAGAGAUAUUCUGUAGUACUCAGUGGCUACAGUGAAAUACCAGGAAAGUUGGGGAAUGCCACAAGGGUCAAUAUAACCAUCCUGAAGAAUGAUGAUCCACAUGGUGUCAUUCAGUUUCUACCUGAUGAACUAUCAGUUACAAUAAAGGAAAGUAAAGGAGAAGUCAUCUAUACUGCUGCUUACAGAGUUGUAAGAAACCAAGGAAACUAUGGCAAUGUUAGUGUGUCCUGGGCUGUUGAUCCAGCAUGUACCAACGACAUCUAUCCAGAGCAAGGGACUAUUUCCUUUGAUAAUCUGGAGUUUUCAAAAAACAUCACCAUUUACUCACUGCCAGAUGAGGUACCUGAAGAGAUGGAAGUAUUCAUCAUCAAUUUAUUCAAUGCUACUGGUGGAGCCAGGCUGGGCAAUAUAACCAGUGCAAUUUUACAAAUUACAAGGAAUGAUGAUCCCAUUUAUUUUGCAGAACCUCUGAUGGUGAGUGUUAAAGAAGGAAGUGUUGCAAACUUUACAGUCAUACGGAAUGGGUCUGCUGAUGCUGCUGUUGCUGUCCAGUAUAUUACUGUUAACGGAGAUGCAACAGCUGAAGAAGGAGACUUUGUUCCCACUGGAAAGAGCAGUGUCAUUUUCUUCGAUGUUGGAGAAAGAGAGCAGAACUUAUCCGUGUACGUUAAUGAUGACGAUACCCCUGAAACUGAUGAAACAUUUUAUAUCUUCCUUUUGAAUUCUACAGGGGAUACUGUUAUCUUUAAGGCUGGAGUGGCUACAGUUGUUAUUGAAGCAAAUGAUGAUCCUAAUGGAAUUUUCUCCUUGGAACCUUUAGAGAAGCCAGUGGAAGAAGGCAAAAGUAACAAUUUUUUGGUUUUGAGACGUAGAGGACACUUUGGCAAUGUCUCGUUGACCUGGCAGCUCUUUGAUAAUGGCUCUGCGCUGAGGCCAGGAGAAGAGUUCCAUGAAACUUACGGGACUGUGUACUUCAUGGAUGGUGAAGGUUCAAAGCCAAUAACACUCCGUGCUAUUUCGGAUAGAAUUCCUGAAUUCAAUGAAUUUUACUUUCUAAAGUUGGUGAAUGCUUCAGGUGGGUCUCCUGGUCCUGGUGGUCAGUUGUCUGAAACAAACCUUGCUGUCACCGUGAUGAUCCCAUUCAAUGAUGACCCUUUUGGAGUCUUUGUUAUAGACCCAGAGAGCCAAGACAGAGAGAUAGUGGAAGAUGUUCUUUCUGAAGAUGAUCUUUCCUAUAUUACAGACUUCACCAUCUGGAGACAACAAGGCACCUUUGGUGUUGUCCGUUUAGGUUGGGAAAUACUGUCUAGUACCUUCCAAGCUGGACUACCAUCAAUGGUAGACUUCUUGUUGCUGGGAUCAUUUCCAAGUUCAGUACAGUCUCAGCCCCACAUGAGGCGCCAUCACAGUGGAACAGAUGCUUUGUAUUUCAGUGGGAAAGAGGAUGCAUUUGGGAUUAUUGGUCCAGAACACCUGUACAAUGGAAAUACUGCAGUAACUAAUUUUACAUUUUCAGCGUGGUUAAUUCCUAACGUCAGCACUGAUGGUUAUAUAAUUGAAAAGGAUGAUGAUAAUGGGACCUUAUAUUACGGCGUGAAAAUCCAAACAAAUUAUUCUCAUGUUUCUGUAGUGCUUCAUUAUACAGCAUUAGGAUCCAAUAUGACAUAUAUGGCUAAAGCAACAAUCCAGAAAUAUCUGGAUGAAAAUACUUGGCUUCAUCUUCUGAUUACUCUGGAUGACAGUAUAAUUGAUUUUUACAUGGAUGGAAUUCCAGUUCUGGGAGGAAUGAAGAGCCUUAAAGGAGAAGCGAUUGCUGAUGGUGCAGGAACAGUGAGAAUUGGAGCAGGAAUCAACGGCAGCAGUAGGUACACGGGGCUAAUGCAGGAUGUAAGGCUUUAUGAGCGUAAAUUGACCCGAGCUGAGAUCUAUGAACUCCAUGCAACUCCUGCGAAAAGUGAUGUCCACCCUGUCUCUGGGUAUUUGGAGUACCGGCAAGGAGAGACCAAUAAAUCAUUCAUUGUGUCUGCAAAGGAUGACAAAGAGGAAGAAGGAGAGGAAUUGUUCAUCCUAAAGCUCAUUUCUGUGCGUGGUGGAGCUCGGAUUUCACAAGAAAAUACCACAGCAAGAUUAAGAAUACAGAAAAGUGAUAAUGCUAAUGGUUUGUUUGGCUUCACUGGAGCUUGUAUUCCUGAGACUGCUGACGAGGGUUCCACUAUAUCCUGUGUCGUGGAGCGUACAAGGGGAGCGCUCGACUAUGUGUAUAUAAAUUACAUUAUCUCACAGGUUGAUUCCACUGGCAUUAAUUACUCUGUUACCGAUUUUUCUAACAGCAGUGGCACUAUCACAUUCCUUCCUUGGCAGAGAUCAGAGGUCUUAAAUUUGCAUGUUAUUGAUGAUGACAUUCCGGAGCUAAAUGAGUAUUUCCGUGUGACAUUAGUCUCUGCAGUGUCUGGAGAUGGAAAACUAGGUUCAACUCCUACCAGUGGAGCAAGUAUAGAUCCAGAAAAGGAAACUACUGAUAUCAGCAUCAAAGCCAGUGACCACCCAUAUGGUCUACUCCAGUUCUCGGUGGGGCCACCUCCUCAGCCAGGCGAUGAAAUGAUUCUGUCAGCCUCUGCUGUGCCCCGUAUUACUGUUAAAGAAGAAGUUGGACACGUCAGGUUACUGGUAGUUCGUGCACAAGGUCUUCUUGGAACAGUUCUGGUGGAGUACAGAACAGUGCCGCUUACAGCUUUCAGUCCUAAAGAUUAUCAGGCCGUCGUGGGCACACUGGAAUUUCAGCCAGGAGAGAGAUACAAGUACGUUACUGUUAACAUCACUGAUAAUUCUAUUCCUGAAUUAGAAAAAACAUUUAAAGUGGAGCUGCUGAUUUUUUCAGAGGGAGGAGUUGCUGAGCUCUUUAGAAAUGAUGGCAGUGGUAGUGGUGAUGGGAACAUGGAUUUCUUCCUUCCAACUGUCCAUCAACAUGCUAGCUUGGGGAUUGCGUCCCACAUCCUUGUGACUAUUGAGGCUUCUGAUGAUGCUCAUGGUGUGUUUGAGUUCAGUACUGAGUCACUUGCUGUGAAUGGAACUGAGCCUGAAGACGGAGAGAGCAAUAUUGUGCUGCAGGUUGUGAGAACACAUGGCGCCUUGUCUCAGGUGACGCUGCAUUGGAUCAUAGUCUGUGAUCUUACCAAAGACCUGGUCUCUACGGAUGGGAAUAUCACGUUUGAUGUUGGCCAAGCGAGAGCAAAUAUUACAGUACAGGUUUCUCCUGAUGAAGUUCCUGAAUUGGAUAAGGUGUUUUCAGUUUUGAUCAUCAAUGUCUCCAGUGGUCGUCUUGGAAAUCAUACUAACGCAACAUUAACUAUUUUAGCUAAUGAUGAUCCUUAUGGAGUCUUCAUCUUUUCUGAGCGAAACAGACCAAUAAAAGUUGAGGAAGAAACAAAAAAUCUCUCCCUGGCAAUAAUAAGGCGUGGUGGUCUCCUCGGUACAGUAAUGGUAACAUACAGAACUAUUGGCGAUGAUGAAAAGUCACCCUUUCUUCCACCUGAUGUUGUCAGAGCAACAGAGGGAAAAGAUUAUAUACCCAUUACAGGUUAUGUGAUCUUUGCAGCCAAUGAAAGUGAGGCCACAAUAUCUUUGCCCAUUUUGGAUGAUGAUGAUCCUGAGAGGUCAGAAUCUGUUUUUGUGGAGUUAAGCAGUAUUGUAUUGAUCGAGAAGGUACAGGAUCGGCCAAUUGUAAAUUCUCCUCGACUUGGAUCAGUGGGUGAGACGAUAGCUCAUGUAAUUAUCAAUGCCAAUGAUGAUGCUUUUGGAACGCUUCAGCUUUCAGCUUCAACUGUGCGAGUUGCUGAAAACUAUGUUGGACCAAUCAUUAAUGUGACCAGAACUGGGGGAAUAUUUGCAGAUGUUUCUGUGAAAUUUAAAGCUAUGCCAAUAACUGCAACAGCUGGCGAGGACUACAGUGUAGCCUCAUCAGAUGUUGUCUUACUAGAAGGAGAAACAAGUAAAGCUGUGCCAAUUUAUAUAAUUAAUGAUAUCAAUCCUGAAGUUGAGGAGUCAUUUUAUGUUCAGCUGCUGAACCAAACAACAGGAGGAGCCUUGCUUGGAUCUUUGACCAGAGCAAUCAUAAUUAUUGAGGCUUCUGACGACCCGUUUGGAUCCUUUGUUUUUCAGGUUACCGAAUUCACUGUGGAGGAGCCUGAAUUUGGAUCAGUAGCCAUAAAUCUGCCAAUAAUCCGCAACGCUGGGACACUCGGUAAUGUUACUCUUCAGUGGGUUGCUACCAUUAAUGGACAUCCUGCUGAUGCUGACUUGCAGGUAGCCUCAGGCAAUAUUACUUUUGCCCCUGGGGAAGCCAUUCAGAUGUUGCUGCUGGAAAUCCUGGCUGAUGAUGUUCCAGAAAUAGAAGAAAUUGUCCACGUAGAAUUAACUCAGGCCUCCAAUGGUGGUGCUAUUGGGUUAGAUGGCGUGGCAAAUAUUAUAAUACCUGCCAAUGAUAAUCCUUAUGGCACAGUUUUCUUUCAUCAAUCCUUAUAUCGAAUUCAGGAGCCACUAGAAAGAAAUUUGCUUGCAAAUAUAACAGUCAGGCGAAGUGGGGGAAGGUUUGGUCAGCUGCAGAUAUUUUACAGCACUUUUGAGACUGAUGUCGUAACUCUUGCCAUUGAGCAAGGUCAGGAUAUCCUGGCCUGUUACGAGUCUCCUGCACAAGGAAUUCCCGAGCAACAAUCCAAGACCAGAGUGAAUGUGUCGGCCACAAGUGACCCACUGUAUGCUUGUGCGACUCAGUGCCUAAAAGAACAAGCGUGUUCAGCCUUUACAUUUUCCAGUGCCUCUGAGAUUCCUCUCUGCCUUUGGCUGACAGCGGAGAUCAGCCCAUUAACUAACACUUCAGGAUUCUGGACCUACAAGAAAAACAUCACCAGCGCAUCCGCUCUCUUUAGCGCACAAGCCAUCGCUGGCAGUGAUUAUGAAUCCAUUACAGGACAGUGGGCCAUAAUGCAGGAAGGGGAAGAGUUUGCAAAUCUCACAGUUACCAUACUUCCUGACAGUCUGCCAGAGCUGGAUGAGAAAUUCACUCUAUCCCUUUUGAAAGUGGAACUCAUGAACGUCUCAGCCAGCUUAAAAAAUCAACCAACUAUAGGACAGCCAAAUACUUCCACAGUUGUCAUAAUGAUGAAUGGGGAUGCAUUUGGAGUAUUUAAGAUCUACAGCGUAAGUCCCAACGCGACAGAGAAAGGUCUGUACGUUGAAGUGGAAGAACGUCCUCAGACCAGCGUGCAGCUGAUGAUACACAGGACGGAAGGCAGCCUGGGGCAGGUCACAGUGGAAUGGCGUGUGGUUGGUGGAACCGCUACCCCAAACUUGGAUUUUGUAGGUGUCGGUGAGAUUCUGGUGUUUGCUGAAGGGGAAACAAAAAAGAUGGUCACGCUGACCAUUUUAGAUGAUCCAGAGCCAGAGGAUGAUGAAAGCAUCAUAAUCAGCCUGGUCCAUACUGAAGGAGGCAGUCGGAUUUUGCCCAGUUUUGACACCGUCACAGUGGUUAUUUUGGCAAGUGACAACGUGGCAGGAAUUAUUAGCUUCCAGACAGCCUCGAGAUCUGUUAUUGGUCGUGAAGGAGAACAACUGCAAUUCCAUAUUGUAAGAACUCCCCCAGGACUGGGAAACGUUACUGUGGAAUGGAAGAUAGUUGGGCAUAAUGUAAAACAAAAUUUUGAAAACUAUUCUGGAAUACUGUUUUUUCCUGAGGAGGCAUUGAAUACAACAUUGCAUGUUCACUUGCUGGAUGAUCAUAUUCCUGAAGAAAAAGAAGAAUACCAGAUAAUCCUAUACAACAUCAAAACAGAAGGUGUUUCUUCUUCAGGUGCUGCUAUUUUGGAUAGUCAAGGAUAUGAAGCUGUUCUGACAGUAGAAGCUAGUGAUGAACCACAUGGAGUCUUGAAUUUUGCUUCCCCAUCCAGGGUAGUUGUAAUUCCAGAGGAAAACAAAACAGUUCAGCUUUUUAUUAACAGAGAAUUUGGAUCUUUAGGUGCUAUCAAUGUUACGUAUGCCACAGUUCCAGGAUUGCUCACCUUAAGUAACCAGACAGAAGGGACCUUGGCUGAACCAGGAGCUGAUUAUAUAGCUGUUUCUGGGUCACUAAUUUUAGAAGAAGGAGAAACAUCAGCUGCCAUAAAUAUUACUAUUCUAGAGGAUGAUGUACCAGAAGUGCAAGAAUUCUUCUUGGUUAAUUUAACUUCAGUGGAGCUCAUCAUGAACCAUUCAACUUCAUCCCCACCUCGGCUGGACGUGGAAGGUUUAGCUUCUCAAAUUAUUAUUGAUGCUAAUGAUGGCGUUAGCGGAGUAAUUGAAUGGGAAAGAACCAAUUUUGAAGUUGAUGAAUCUCACGGGAAUCUGACAAUAAUGGCAUUCCGAAACAGAGGAUCAUAUGGCAAUGUGUCUGUAUUUUUUUAUGCCCAAAAUUUGGAGGCACAGCUGGGUUUGGAUUUUAAUGUGACCUCAAGGACUCUUUUUUUUGCUGAUGGAGAAAGGAAUAAAUCUGUUGUUGUUACAAUUUUUGAUGAUGAUAUUCCUGAAGGUGAUGAGAAGUUCCAGUUAAUUUUAACAAAUCCUUCUCUGGGGCUGGAAUUAGGGGAGAACACAACAGCCACAAUUACUAUACUUGCCAGUGAUGAUGGCCAUGGAAUUUUGUCAUUCAAUAACAGUGAUCACUUCUUCCUAAGAGAGCAAACAGCUCUCCAUUUGAUGGAAAGUGUUGCAGUAUUAAAUAUUAUUAGAGAACCUCCUCAGGGGAUAUUUGGCACUGUGACUGUUCAGUAUCUUGUAAGUGAAAUUAAUUCUUCAGAGCCAGCGGUGGAUUUGACCCCUUCUCAAGGAUAUAUUGUGCUGGAAGAGGGAGUCAGAUUCAAGACACUGCAUAUUUCUGCAAUACUGGAUGAAGAACCAGAAAUGGACGAGCACUUUAUUGUCACCCUGUUCAAUCCAACUGGAGGAGCCAGACUAGGCACGAGAGUGCAAACUAUGAUUACAGUAUUACAGAACCAGGCUCCACUGGGGCUUUUCAGCAUCUAUCCAGUUACAAAUAGGACAAAUUUCCUCAUAAUUGAAGAAGCCAACACUACGGUUUAUUUGAGAGUUUCACGGAGUAAUGGUCUCAACGUGUCUGUGAGUGUGGAGUGGGAGACAUUGUCAGACACUGCAUUUGGCAUCAGGGGUAGUAUCAGUGUCCUCUCUGUCUUGCAAAGUUUUGUGGAGGAGUCAGCGUCUAGCUGGUGUUUCUUUACAUCAGGAGAAAUCCUGUACGGUGUUUUGUUACGGUCGCCUCCAGCUACAUUCUCUACUGUCUACCAGUGGAAAGGAGUUUUUGUUCCCGUCGAGAAUUUCAGUAUGUGGAAUCCUAAGAGCUGUGUGUCUUUCCAAAUCCGUGCCUCUCCCUACCUUGUGAUUACUCACGGAGGAUCCCCGCAGGGACCUUCCAACACCAGCGUGUAUGCAUUCGUGCCUGCACACAGACUGUUGAAGAUACAGACACUCUCAAUUCUGGAUACCAGACAUGUGAAACAUUUUGCUGUGGAUGAAGAAGACUAUUUGAUUUUUGUGACUGAUGCAACCAGUUCCAGUUCCAGUUCCAUCCAGGUUUUCCAGUGGAAUAAAGAUAUAUUUGUGCUGCAUCAUCAACUUCCACUUCACAAAGCUCUGAACAUAGCCUUGUUUUCCAGAGGAGGCGUUAUGUACCUGUUAGUUUCUCUGUCGAAUGCCAGUCAAGACAUGCUCUUGUACCACUGGUUGAAUAAUGAGUUUAGGAAUCUUCAUCAAUUACCAGCCAAAGAAAUAAAACAUAUGGAGGCCUGGAUUUCUGGAUCUGAUAUAUAUUUAAUUACUGCAAAAGUUUUGUUAUUUUGCUCCUUUGUAGAAUCUGGAAAUUCUUCUGAAAUUUUCAUCUGGGAAACAGGGCAGUCUACCUUUAGACACUUUCAGUCUCUUCCAGUCUGCGCUGUAAGAAACAUCCAUGUUUUCAUGCCUCCUUCAGGUUUAGUUCACAUCCUCCUAUCUGGUAAGGACACAACAGCGCUGUAUUCUUGGAACUCUGAAGGGAACCAGUUCUCUGUCAUGCUGGAAGGCCCAUACGCGGAUCAUAUGACUUCAGCUACUGCAAGGUCUCUGAACUCCAGCAAGAGCCUGAUUGCUCUGUCUGUAGAGUCCAACUCACAGAUUUAUGAGCUGACCACUAUCUCCAACCAGUCAGAUUUUAUACCUAGUUCAGGUGAAUUGAUAUUUGAGCCUGGGGAUAUGGAAGCUGUGAUAGCAGUAAAUAUUCUGGAUGACAACAUCCCAGAGGAGGAAGAAUGCUUCAAAGUGUGGUUGAAAAACCCUAAGGGAGGUGCAGAGAUUGGUGUUCAUGGUUUUGUUACCAUAAUUAUUCCUUCCAAUGACAAUGCCUACGGAGUCAUUGCAUUUGCUCAGAGUUCUUUGUUUAAGCAAGUCGAAGAAAUGGAACAGGACAGCUUAAUCACCUUGAAUAUUGAACGUUUAAUAGGAGCAUAUGGACGUGUUACAGUAGAGUGGAUCGCUAAUGGGAGCAUAAGUGAUGUAUUUCCAGCUUCAGGAAUGAUUACAUUUGCAGAAGGUCAGGCCCUGUCCACAAUCACCCUGACAAUCCUCGCAGACAGUGUUGCGGAGCUUUCAGAGACAGUGGAAAUCACACUCACCCAUGUUACCACUGUGGGUGUUCAGGAUACCACAAAAGGAGCUGUCAUCGAUCCCAAAAGGGCAAGAGCUGUACUGACCAUUUUACCCAGUGACUCUCCACAUGGUGUGAUUGGGUGGCAUAUGGACUCUCUCUUUGUUAAAGUCACAGAGCCAGAAGUGAAUUCAACUAUUCUUACUUUACAAAUUGUUCGAGAACAAGGGUUUGUUGGAGAGAUUGCAGUUCAUCUGAGCACCGCGCCAAACUUUGAACUCCCCCUGUCCAACCAAGCAACAGAGAAUGAGGAUUAUACACUGGAAAAGAAGACAAUUGUUAUGGCAGAGAACACAACAAUAACUUCUGUCGUAGUCAUUAUUUUGCCUGACAAUGUACCAGAAUUACAGGAAGGAUUUAUAGUCAAUAUUACUGAUGUGCAACUGGUCAAUUCUCCCACUGGAGGUCAGCCAAGCGUGAAGAGGCUUGGGUUAGAAAUAGCUGAAAUAACAAUUGAAGAAAAUGAUGAUGCCAGAGGAGUAUUUAGUUUCAAUGUUACAAAGGAUAUAACUGGAGCUGUUACUGGUUACGAGGUACCAGCACCACAGAAUGUACUGAAACUUCCAGUUGUUCGACAGGCUGGGAGGUUUGGGUCAGCAACGUUGUAUUGGGAAGCCAUUCAUUCAACCACUAGCUUUGAAGACUUCACACCAUCAUUUGGAAACCUGACAUUUGCAGAUGGGCAGGCCACAGGAGAAAUAGAAAUUACAAUCAUAGACGACAAUGAAGUUGAAUUCCUUGAGAUCUUCAAGAUUGCCCUGGUGAGGGUAACAGGUGGUGCAAGACUUGGGGAUGACACUAUCGUAACUGUCGCUAUUCCACCAAAUGAUUCCCCUGUUGGAGUAUUUGGGUUUGAAGAAAAGAACGUAACAGUGAAGGAACCUCAGGCACCUGAUGACCCUGCUGCAGUUGUGUCACUCACUGUGAGUCGAAGCCAAGGAGGACGAGGAGCAGUUAAAGUGUUGUGGAUUCUUGAGGAAGCAGCUAGACAUGAUCUGACCCCUCUGAAUGGUACCCUUCACUUCAAUGAGACUGAAUCCCAGAAGUUGAUUGUUCUACAUGCGGUACAAGAUGGACUGCUGGAGGGGAAUGAAACCUUUACCAUUCAGCUCCUCUCUACUGGUGAUGCAGAGAUAUCCCCAGUAAAUGGUGUGGCAACCAUCAUUAUUGUGGGCGAUGAAGGAGCUUCUGGGGUGGUUGGGAUAGCCCAGUCCUCCAGGCAUGUUCUGAUUGGAGAGCCUUCAGGAAAUUAUAACGGGGUUCUUACUUGCAGCCUGAUACGUGGCCCAGGGAUUUUUGGUGAGAUCAUGAUAUAUUGGAAUAUAACACCUCCUCAUCACACAGAAUUUAUUGAGACCGCGGGGACCUUGACGAUGCGAGAUAGACAGUCUGCAGCAGUGGUUCUGAUACAGGCGGUAGAUGACAACCGUCCAGAGGAGAAGCAUUACUACCAGUUUCAACUGACUGGAAUUAGUGAUGGGGCACUCAUAAAUGAAUCUAGCGGCACAGCAAAUAUAACCAUGGCCGCCAGUGAUUUUCCGUAUGGAGAGUUUACAUUUUCACAGGAACUAUUGCAAACCACAGAAGAAGAAAAAUGGGUUAACAUCACUAUUGUGCGUUCCAGGGGAUCCUAUGGCAAAGUGCGUCUUUGCUUUCAGAUAAUAAAUGGGACCGCAGAGGAGGGAAUUGAUUUCACUCCCACAGUAAGGGACUUGUUGUUUGAACCACACGAGGAGAGUAAAAUGAUUUUGGUUGAAAUUCAUGAUGAUGACUUUCCUGAAGGUCCUGAAGACUUUUCAGUGACGAUUGCCAAAGUCGAACUCCAAGGAAGUGGAUUUGAUUUCACUGUAAAAGAAAAUGGUCUGCAGGUGGAUCAACCUCCAAUGAUAGGAAAUAUCUCCACAGUACAAGUCACUAUAGCAAAAAGUGACAAUGCAGAAGGCAUCAUAGAAUUUGAUCCACAGUAUAUCCUUCUACAAGUGGAAGAGGAUGCUGGAUUAAUCAUGAUUCCUGUUGUGAGAAAGCGUGGAACUUACGGCUAUGUAACAGCUGACUUUCUUUCUCGAAGUAUUUCUGCGCUUCCCAAUGGUGUUGACUAUGUCGUCCAUAAUAAUUCUGUCAUUUUUUAUCAUGGACAGAACCAGAGUUUUAUUUAUAUCUCUAUUAUAGAUGAUGAAGAAAGUGAAUUUGCAGAGCAAUUUGAAAUCCAGCUGACAGGAGCCACUGGUGGAGCAGUCCUUGGGGUCCACCUCGUGAGCCAGGUCACUAUUGCUAAAAGUGACUCCCCUCAGGGCACCGUCCGGUUUGUCAACCAAAGUCGAAUUAUUCUUCCCAAUCCUGAUGCACCCACGCCAAUGUCUCUGGUGCUGGAAAGGACUGGAAGAUUGUUAGGGGAGACACAGAUUAAUUGGGACAUCUUGGGACCCAAUUCAGAAGAGGUUUUAUCUCCCCUGAAUAGUGACAUUGGUGACCCUGUGAAUGGAUCAUUCUAUUUUGGAGAAGGAGAAGGAGGUCUGAGAGCUAUUAAUCUACUAAUCUAUCCUCAUGAAGAAGUUGAAGUUCAGGAGAUCUUCAUUAUUAGACUGAGUGUUAUGAAAGGUGAAACAGAAGUAGAUCCUAAGGCAAGCAACGUUACACUGAUAAUACAGAAGUUUGGUGAUCCCAAUGGAAUUGUACAGUUUGCUCCUGAAUCGUUGACUGAGAAAAACUAUACAGAACCCUCAGCAGCGGAAGGGCCACAAAGUAUUACACUGUUUGUCAGACGAAUUCAAGGCACUCUGGGAAACAUAACGGUUUACUGGGAAAUACAUAGUGAAUCUGACAUCACAGGUGACUUUCUUAGGACAGAGGGAUCUGUUGUCAUUGCUGACCAGCAGAGUACAGCUGAGAUAAUCAUCUACCUGUUACCUGAUGAUGUUCCAGAACUGGAUGAGAACUAUUCGGUGCGACUGAUCUCGGUAGAAGGUGGAGCAGAUUUAGACCAAGAGAAAAGAGUUUCAAAGAUCAGUGUGUUUGCCAAUGAUGAUCCUUAUGGAGUGUUUGCCCUGUACCCUCAUCAGCAGUCAGUAUUUGUGGAGAGAAACCUGGAUCGGUAUGUUCAGAUUAACGUAACUCGGCAUGCCGGGGCAUUUGGAGAAGUGCUCGUUGAGUACCAUAUCAUGUCUCAUCAUGAAGAAGUGCUAAUUGAACCUGAGAAUGAGGUGGGAUACCUCACAGUAGAAGAUGGUGCCAGCUUUGGAGUGAAAAGAGUGCCAAUAAGCAACCAGGCAUUUAUUUUACUGGGCUUGAAUUUUACUCUGGAACUGAUUAAUGUAAGCCUGGUUAGGGGAAGUGCCAAGGAUGUGCCUAAAAUUUUAGGAAAAGCAAAGUCAGCUGUUCUGCUUACUCCUGAGGAAGCUGCCAAUUCACAGGUUGGCUUUGAAUCUGUGGUUUUAAGACUUACAGACAUCGUAGCAGGGACAGGCCAGGCUGUCAUAACCAGAAAAGGAGUUUAUGGCUCUGUAACAGUUAGCUGGAUUUCAGGAUACCCACCAGACCUCGUCACUGGCUCCGCUCAGCCAGGCAACGUUACUCCUCCAUUUGGUACUGUUGUAUUUUCCUCUGAUGAACGAAGUAAAGUGAUUUCAUUUCAGGCUACUCCAAGCCUAAAUGAACACGAGUCGUUUGCCAUCACUUUAACAGCAGUGCACAGCAAUGUGUCUGGUGGGGCUCGCCUGAGGCCAGGGUUUACAAUUGCUGAAAUUGAGCCAAUGGGGAUCUUCCAAUUUGCUCUUAACUCAAGAUCUGUUUCAGUUGAAGAAGAUGCUCGGGCAGUCACACUACGUGUCCAAAGAUUGUUCGGUUUUCAAAGUAAUCUCACUAAAUUGACAUAUCAGACCAUUCCAGGAAGUGCCAAACCACUAGAGGACUUUAUACCCAUCUACAAUGGAGAGCUGAUGUUUUUACGUUUUCAGACAAAUGCUGUGAUAGAAAUAUCAAUAAUUGAUGACACCGUGUCUGAAAUGGAGGAAUUUUUUUUUGUAAAUUUAACUGCUGUGGAAAUUUUGGAUGUUCAACCUGUGAGUCCUGACUGGAGUCCACGUUUGAAUCCAGCAUUCAGUGUUGCAACAGUUAAUAUCCUGGCUAAUGAUAUUCUUCAUGGAAUACUGAGUUUGGGGCCAGAGUUUAUUUAUGUUGAAGAAGAUGCCAAAAACAGUACCCCCAACACAGUGAUACUUCAUAUCAGAAGGACCAGGGGUUUUACUGGUGAUAUUGCAGUAACCGUUAAAACCUUUGGGGGAUUAAGUGCACAGAGUGGAGUAGAUUCAUAUCCUUUUGGAAAUGUUUAUGGAAAAUCAGACUUCACAUGGGCGAUGGAAGGAGAAGAUUUUGAAGAACAGUCAGUCUCUGUGACUUUGCUGGAUGGAGAAAGAGAAAACAAGGUGUCCAUAAAAAUUUUUGAUGAUGAUGAGCCUGAAGGACAGGAAUUGUUUUAUGUUUUCCUCUCAGAUCCUGAAUGUGGAGCUCAGAUUGUGGAAGGAAAGGAUGAAUAUGGAUUUGCUGCUUUUGCAACAGUAAUUAUUGAAGGAAGUGAUCUCCAGAACGGCAUUUUGGGAUUCGUUCCAGAAGUACAAAGCGGUCUCGUACUUGAUGAAGACUCAGAAAACAGAGAGGUGCUGCUGAUUGUCGCAAGGCAACCAAACAGGGCUUUUGAAGAUGUGAAGAUCUUUUGGCGUGUGACCUUUAACAAAACGGCUGUUGUCCUUCUGAAGGAUGGCAUGAACUUGGAGAAGGAACUUGUAUCUGUGCUGGGAGCCACUACCUGCAUGGCAGGUCAAACAACGUGCAACAUCUCCAUUGAAAUAAAACCCGAUAAUGUACCUGAAUUUGAAACAUAUUUCUUUGUUGAGCUGUAUGCUGUCGGCACAGGAGCUGCAUUGAACAGCAGUGCCAGAUUUGCUGUUAUAACAGUCCUUGAAAGCGAUGCUCCUCGUGGUUUAGUAUAUUUUGCUGUGGGAUCGCGUUUUGCUGUGGCUCAUAAGAAGACAACUUUAAUCAGUCUGCAAGUGCUUAGAGACUCUAGUACAUCUGUAACCACAAUGGUUACCUACAGCAUGCAGGAGCUACAAAAACCUGAACCUAUUGGUCGGAUCUUCAUAUCUCCAGCUGUGGCAGGACAAGAUUUUGCCCGAUCUGAAGGUUUAUUGACUUUUGAACCUGGACAGAGAAAUACGUUUCUGGAUGUAACCCUGACUCCAAAGACAGGAUCUUUAAACCCAUUUCCUAAACGCUUCCAGGUUGUACUUUCUAAUCCCACAGGCGGUGCCAGAGUAGAUGAUGUGUAUGGGACUGCUAACGUCACCAUUGUCUCAGAUUUGGACUCCUUGCCAGUCUGGGGGCUGAUUGAUCAACUGCAUCAGCCUCUUGAUGACACCAUUUUACACAGAGUCCUUCAGAAUCUGAAUGUCAAAGUGGCUACAGAAACUACAGAAGAGCAGCUUACUGCUGUGAUGCACAUAAUUGAUAAGGUCACAGAUGUAGGUGAAAAACAAUUACUCACUGAUAAAAGUAGAAGUCUUUUCUAUGAGAUACUCUGUGCUCUGGCUAGCCCGAAACGUGAGGACACACGAGGUUAUAGCCUGCUUGCUGAGGUGACCGAGAAGUUUGCUUUUUCCCUGUUGACUGGGAUAAUGUGUGGAUCGCCAGGAGAAAGAGGUAAAAAUAUCCUUGACAGCUGCCCGUACAUUGCAAUAAUGGCUCACAACUGGUUUCCUCAGCAAAUCAAUGGACACAGAUUUGAUGGAAAAGAUGGGGAUGCUAUUCAAGUACCUGAACAUUUAUUAGAGGUCUCUGUUGUAUUAUCGCCUCCUCAAGAAGAGAACUGUGAAUCUGUACAGUUCACAGAAUACAGCAGUCAGCAGUGGUUCCUUACUGGAGACAAAGAACUUGCCCUGAAGAAUAAGGUUUUUUCUAUGAGUUUAAAGGGUCGGAGUUCACAGCCUUUGAAAGAUAACAAUGAAGUCAUUUAUCGGAUUUAUGCUGCAGGAAGUCGGAUUGUUCCACAGAAGUCUUUAUGUCUUCUCUGGAAUCGAGCUGCUGAAAGCUGGCUGUCUGAUAGCGGGUUCUGCAAAGUGGUUGAUGACACCUCAGACUAUGUGGAAUGCUCUUGUUCUCACAUGUCCAUUUAUGCAGUUUAUGCCCAAACAGACAACUUGUCUUCAUAUAAUGAGGCUUUUUUCUCUUCUGGAUUCAUCUCCAUUUCAGGUUUCACUUUGGCUAUUAUCUCCCACCUCUUCUGCACCAGGUGUGCAAUGUUUGCAGCUAAACUUCUCACUCACAUGAUGGUUGCUUGUUUGGGUACUCAGAUUUCGUUUCUGGCCUCUGCUUACAUGAGCCAACACCUCUCAGAGGAGAGCUGCUCUGCCCUUGCAUCUGUAACUCAUUACCUUUACCUCUGCCAGUUCAGCUGGAUGCUUAUUCAGGCUGUUAACUUCUGGUACGUCCUGGUGAUGAAUGACGAACACACAGAGCGGCGCUAUCUGCUUUACUUCCUUUUGAGUUGGGGGCUUCCAGCUUUUGUUGUGAUCCUGCUUUUAAUUAUCCUGAGAGGAAUCUAUCAUCACAGCACGGCACAGAUUUAUGGCCUUGUCUACAGUGAUCUGUGCUUUAUUCCAAAUGCCUACGCUGCUCUCUUCACCGCUGCUCUGGUGCCAUUAAUGUGCUUGGUAGUGGUUUUUGUGGUGUUCAUCCAUGCCUACCAGGUGACCCCACAAUGGAAAGCGUACGACGAUAUUUUCAGAGGAAGAACAAAUGCUGCAGAGAUCCCCCUGGUCUUGUACCUCUUUGCCCUCAUUUCUGUCACCUGGCUGUGGGGAGGACUGCACAUGGCUUACCGGCACCUCUGGAUGUUAGUCUUCUUCAUCAUCUUCAACAGCCUGCAGGGUCUUUAUGUCUUUGUGGUGUAUUUUAUCCUGCACAACCAACUUUGCUGUCCUGUGAAAGCAAGUUAUACUGUGGACAUGAACGGGCACACAACUCCAGGAUCGGCUUUUUUCACACAUGGCAGUGGUCUGCCGGCUGCAGGUGGAGAAAUCAGCAAGUCUACUCAGAACCUCAUCAGUGCUAUGGAAGAGGUGCCCGCAGACUGGGAGAGGGCAUCCUUGCAGCCUGCUGGUCAAGCUAGUGCUGCCUUUAAGCAGAGUCCACAAAAUGGCAAUGUUUUCCACCCUUCUGGAGGAUUUAGUACCAGCUCAUUGGUUGCUGAUGAGGAAUCUCAGGAGUUCGAUGACCUAAUAUUUGCUUUAAAGACUGGUGCAGGCCUCAGCGUCAGCGAUAACGAAUCUUGUCAUGGCAGCCAGGACGGUGGCAGCAUGGCGAACUCCCAGAUCGUAGAGCUUAGAAGAAUACCCAUAGCAGACACUCACCUCUAA